AACGACGCGAGGCUGUGACGCAGUACGUCGGCCAGACGUCCUCUUGGCCGGCGGUCACCGGCUGGCCGCCCUCUGUCGCGGCGUUGAGUCCUCGGAGCCUUGGCGAUGGAGUACAUGGACCGCUCCGCGAGCUUCUUGCGCCCUUACCUGGUGCGCGACGCGGCGCGGAGGACGAUGCCUUUGGGGCUGCUGGGCCUCAUGCUGGGCGGAUCCGUCAUCAAGGAGUGGGCGCCGCUGCCUGAGACCUACAUGAGCAACAAGCGCAACCUGAUUAACAUGUAUUUUGUUAAAGUUGCCUGGGCCUGGACCCUUUGUCUGCUGCUGCCUUUUAUCGGCAUUGCUACCUACCAUGUCACCCGGAGCGUUGCAGUGGUGGUUCGACGUCUCAGUGCUUUGCUGGUUGGCACUGCCAUUUGGUAUUCAUGCACCGGGGUCUUCCUGUACAUUGAGAACCUCACAGGCAGCUGCUACAAAUCUGCGGCCUUUGAUGUACCGCUGGAGGAACAUCCCAACAAAAUACAGUGCCUAAAAGCUGGUGGCUUCUGGAAUGGCUUUGACAUCUCUGGACACUCCUUCCUUCUCUCAUACUGUGCCCUGAUUACUAUAGAGGAGAUGGCUGUGUUGCACAUUGUGAACAUCUCCAAGAACUCCAGAUUGCACAGUGUGGUAAAUGGCUUUUUCCUGGGCUUGAGUUUCUUGACCAUGAUGUGGUUGUGGAUGUUUUUUACCACGGCUGUGUAUUUCCAUAACUUUCCCCAAAAGUUAUUUGGCACGUUGGCGGGUCUCUUGGCUUGGUAUGGAACAUACAAGUACUGGUACCUAACUCCUUUGUCUCCUGGACUUCCUCCGGAAAGAACUAGUUGGAGUUCCCGAAAGUCCAACCGUAGCCUAUAAAAAAAAGUGCCUAUGAGUCAGAUUUUGUUUUAAAGAAAAUUCUUUGCUUGAUAACUAAUUUUUAAAAUAAUUAUUUUCAGUAUAUUUAAAGGGAGGGGGUGAGGACAAAAUAUUUUUUGAUUCUGUGUAGAGGUUUGGAUUUAUUUCCUCAUAAAAGAAGGCUGCUGUUGGAGUCCUACUAAUAAUAUGACAGUUAACCUUUUUCACUAAUUCAAUGACAACAUUAAUGAUUGUGUUGGCAAUGAAGUCUAAAUUCCUUUAACUGGUGGGGCAGGGGGAUGCAUUCUCAAGGUUGGUUCAUUGGCUAUGGAAGAAGCUAAUACCUUACACUACACAAAAAAUAGAACUUGUUAGAAAAAUAUUAGCAAACAGCAAGGGAGAAACCAUUGUUGGUUUGGGCAGAUUACUGGCUAAUGGAGCUCCCUGGACCUGUCCUGGUCAUGGCACACCACAAUUUUAUUUUUUGUUGUUAUUGCUGUUAUGCCCCUAAGUCAAGGAUAGCUUGAUGCAGAUAGCUUGAAGCUUUCUGUUAAGUAGCUCCCUGAACCAAUAUGUUAGGGUAAGGGAGGGCUCCAUGCUGAGUCAGUGAUAGUUUGAGCCACUUGUAGAUUAACAAUACAGAAAUGUGGCUAUAAAACAACUCUUAAUUCUGUGAAUAAGCAUCUAUUCCAGCUGUUAGAUGCUUUUUGUCUCCAGUUUCAGACUACCACAAAAUGCAUUUCCAGAUCAUUUUCUUUAGACAAAACAGCUUGCAUAAUCCAACCUUUGUGUUGGAACUUAUUUUUUCCAUGUAAUUAAAAGCCUUUGAGUAUCUUGACAUUUACUACAGUAGCAAUGUAAUAUCCUUGAUUAUUGCAACACACUUUAUAUUAGUAAAGCAGGGUGUUGGCUGCAAGAUUGCUGCACUCACAUUCUUCCCUCCUGCCUUAAUCUAUUUAAUGCUGUAAGAUGUCCAUAGUUUGGAGCAGAAAGGCAGUUUGUUCUUUUAUGGGGACUAAUGGUCUUUUUAUAUUGAUUCCACCAGCUGUUUCUUGGCAUUGGGGGGAAAUUAUAAAUGAUCUUACUUCAAAUGAAAUUUUGUAGGUGUUUAUCUGUCCCCCACCCUUCAAUGACACUAACUUUAAAACACAAUCUACUUUUACUACAUUGCUUGCUUCAGUUCUGUGACUUGGCUGUCUGCUUUGAAGAAUAAAUGCAAUUAUUUUUAAUUCCGUUUUUAAACAAACAAACAAACUUGCAUCUUAGCAAAUGCUGCUGCUUUGUACAUUAAUACCCAGAGGUCUACUAUCCUUUUGGACCAAAGUCUACAGUCCUGCAGUGGAAUAUUCAAUAAGUGGUUUGAAUCUUCAUAUUAAGUAUAUGAUGUUUAAGCUACUUAAGGUGGUAUACUUACACUAACAGCACAAUCCUAAACAAAUUUACUUACUUUGUAAGUACCUUCUUUUUUCACAGUACCCGCAAGAAUAGCUAGAUGGAAGUUACUCCAGAAGUAAUCCAGUGGUGCUUAUUUGGAUUUUUAGAUCCAAAAUCCCUUUAGCAUGUCUUGCAUGAAAGAAAUGUAGAAUGCAAAUGUACAUCUCCAUGACUUCUGUGGGGUUGAGAUGACUUGCAAAUAUGUCAAAUUUAAAUGACUUUCCAAAUGGCAGAUUGGGGUUGAUACAUACCACAGUAUUCCCAUGCAUGAAAACAGUUUGGAGUCAUCCUCAGCUGUUUGAGUAUCCAUCAAGAAUAACUUUAAUGAAUAACUGUAGCAAACAAUUAACAGUUAGCAGUUGGACUUAACUAAGAUAAAAUGACUACAAUUCCCCCAGAGAGAAUUGGGAGAUUGCAGAAAUGGCCAUCUGAUGGCAUGUGUCAUUUAGAGGACAUGGAAGCUGCCUCACUUUACUGUAUUUUUAAGUUGUCCUGUGGAUCCUCCUGGAUCAAACAACAGAGUAUAAUUCAAAUAUUAAUAAAUGUGACUUUACACAUACAUGAAGGGCAAUUUCCAUGCCUGUGGGAGCCCUUUUUCUCUGCCAGUGUAAUCAUGGCAACCAUUAUUGCUAUAACCAGUUUAGCAGCCAAGUUCAUGCUGUCUUUCCACUCAAGGAAAUUAGUCUCCUAAGGCUGGUUCAAGGCAGCGUGUAGGUGGUAGAAAAGUGCUAAGUGAGAACAAAUCCCAAGUAGUAUUUGUUUCUUUUGUUGGCAUCUUGUUAAAGUUCUAUAAGCUGUAAGAUUACAUUUAUUUUUUAUGUAAUAUUAAUGUUUUAGUGUUUUGCAUUUGUAUUAUUUUUUUAAAAAGACAGCCUGCACUGAUAUAUUUCCUUGCUAUUAUUUAUGUGCAUGCAUUUUAUUUGUGUGCAUACUUUCUACUGACUGCAUGUGCUAAACGUUGUAGGUUGAGUGGCUGAGUUUCAUUACACACAGCAUCAAUGUUGGUAGUCAGCAAAAAAAAUCCUCUUGUGGUUUAUGUUCUCUUUUGUCCUCCAUGGAGGAAUUAUUUGGAAUUCAUAUUCACUUCAUGUCAUAUUUUCUUGUCUGCUCAGAUAUGAAGAUUUGCUUUAAUAGCUAUUGACAAUGAGCAGAACUAUCUAGCAAACUUCAUUAUUUAUCAUUAUCUUUAAUAAACUGCUUCUAUCUCCACUAGCUUUAAGCAGAAGUGACCAACCUAUGGCCCCUGAGAUGAGUUGGACUCCAACUCCCAUCAUCCUUGAUAAUUGGCCUUGCUGGCUGAGGUUGAUGGAAGUUUUGAGUCCAACAGUGGAGGGCUACAGGUUAGCCACCUCUUCAUUAAAGCAGGGUCUUCAUCAUACAAUUAAAAAUGUUUAUUUAGGAGGAUUUCAUUCCAUGUAAAGGAUCAGAAGCAUAGAAACUAACAUUUUGCUGCAUUUCAACCAGCAGAUUGUGCCACAAACAGCUUUCUCUUGUCUUUUUACUGCCUUCAAUGGAGAGCAGGUUUGUGGUCCUGUUGACAUUGACUCUCUAUAAAGCUCUGGGCACCUCAUAAUUUAGGUUCUUUGAUGCAGAUUCAUGACCUGGAAGUAAACAAACAUUCUUGCAUUCUGAGUUGUUGUGCCAAAGCACCUAUUCUGAAUAUGACAUGAGUUGAGGCUGCAUGCAGCUUGUUUGGCUUUUAAAGCCUAUUGACAACUGCCGUUGUAUAGUUCUGAUCUAUGAAAACCAUUUAGAGGUUUUUCCAUUGAAUUCCUCAGGAGUGGGCUGCAUCCUAAUUUUGCAUGGUUCACAUUGACAAAUAUUUGCUGGUUUGGGAAUCUUACCUGGUUUAAUAAGCUGAAAUAUGAACCAGCCUUCAAACCACAGCAUCAUACCCUGGUUUGUUCCACAGUGGUUAAACCAUUGUUUCACUGUUAGGAUGGCACAAGAAAUUUAGUGUUAACUGGAGAUUUUGUGCUUGUUUGCUCCCCUGAAAGGAAGAACAAAAGGGCUACGCACACAUUUACAAUCCCCAUUCACAUGUUGGUGUAUUAAGCCACAAUAACGAUCGGCCAAAUGCAGCCAUUGUAUGCCUAAAAUGUAGGUAAGGAAUGGGGAACUUGGGACCUUCCGCAUGUUGGACUACUAGUUCUGUCAGCCUCAGCCAGCAUGGCCAAUGGUCAGGGAUGAUGGAAGUUGGAGUCCAGCCACAUCUGGAGGUCACCAGUUCCUUAUGCCUGAUGUAGAUCAUAUUGCUUUUUAAGCUUUUAACAACAUGCACAAAAUAUUAUUUAAAAAAUAAUACUAUAUAUAAUAUAUAGAUGCCUUAUUGACAGUGUAUUAAGCAAGUGCCCAUUGCAAACCUUUAAAGGAAAAAAUGGGUUUUGGAAAGGUCAUGCUUGCUUGUAUGUAGUCAUGAGUAGUAAUUACGGUACUUCUGAUUCUAACCACAAUUUGGUACUAGGCCCCAGUGAUGUAACUGGGAUUUACGGCACUUGCAAAUGUACACAUUCACGAUUGCAUCAUUAAAAGAGCCAUGCCGUGAGGUAGGGAGGUUACGUGGUUAGUGUUUGGAGAGGAGCACUGGGGUUCAAAUAGUUUUAAAAAACAAAAAGCUAUGGGGAAGUUAGAAUGAAUUACGUUGAGAUUAACUGCUUCUUCGAGCAAAAUGCAUGGAUUUAAAUUAUCCAGGCAUUUUUGAGAGUGCCCAGCUUUGGUCUAGUUUUAGUGAACAUUUCAGCAGCCGCAUGAUGCUGAUUCAUCUGGGUGCAUUCAUGUGAAAAUUGCUCAUUUGGACAAAAUGCAACAUCCCCCAAAACUCUCCUGUGAAUUGCAACUAUUGUCGCACCCUCUACAGAUAACGCUGCUUGGAUAGUUCAGAUGAACAAAACAUCUUCAUUUGUACUGAGCCUGGGAGUUGCUUCCAGAGCCAUCCAUGCAUUGUAACCAUUAUACUGGAGGUAGUGUUCAGUUUCCAAUCCCAAAACAAUAGGACAGCAUGGCAGGCAGCUGACCGCUUGAUGUUACCUACAGCUUUGAUCCUCAUAAUAUAAAUUUUUUGGGGGGGGGGGAGUAUGACAAAAUGUCCUUGUGAUAGCUGGUAUUCUUAAGGAAUAUUAUUGUAGAAGACCUGGCAUGAGGAAGGAUGUGUGCUCCGGUACCAAGCACUUUUUUCUUGGUUUGCAGACAACUGCCUGAUUUGUGAACACACACCUAGUCUUGUAUGGAGCUACAAUAUUCAGUGGACUGGUGAAAUGCUGAAUGGUUGUUUUCUUGUGUCUUCGCAUUUGAGUCAGAUAAUUCCAGCUGGCUCACACUAUGCAUUAUGCUAAUAGCAAUCUCUGGAAUUCAAGGGCACUGAAUCUUCUGCCCAAUGGCCUGUUUCUUUGUGGGAGGAGGGAUACUUAAUACGAUAUAAUUCUUUUUAACCACUGAAGUAUAAAUAAGUCUGCCCCAUGAAUGGAAGGAUUUGACAUCUUAGGCAAAGCAAAAGGCUGGAUUUGAAAUGUUAAAGACCUUGUUGUGGAUACCUGAUUUUUUUUCCUAUUAAAAGAACUGAUGUAUUUUGAAUGGGAUGAUGGAAACAGAGCAAGUGUAAUCGUGACAAUACUGGGCAAAAACAACAUUGUCUUGUCUCAAUAAAGUUAGUUCAAUGUAA